GGCGUGUCCGCGCCUGCGCGCUGCUCGCCACGGGUCCGAAUACAAGAUGGCGGCAGUCGCUGCCAGGGUGAGGCGGCCCCGGAAUGGCGGCGGGAAGCCCGGCGGCCCCCACAGCCCCCCCGUCCCGGCGCGGCGCCCAGCAGCAGCAGCAGCAGCAGCCCGGCCUUGUGGCCCGCGGAGCCCCGAGCCGCGAUGAGGCGCCCGCCCCGGCCCUCGCCCGCCGACGCCGCCGCCGCUAGACCCGCCAGGCCGCCCCGCAGACGACCUCGACGCCCGCCGGAGCCGCCCAGCAGCAGCAGCAGCAGCAGCCCCUCACAAUUGUUGAGCGAUGGCCAAUGAGAACCACGGCAGCUCCAAGGAGGAUGCUGCUCUGAUGAGCCACUCCCCCGGCACCUCCCACCAGAACCAGCCGAGCUCCCCCAAGCCCGUCCGGCUGGUGCAGGACCUGCCAGAUGAGUUGGUGCAGGCCGGCUGGGAGAAAUGCUGGAGCAAGCGGGAAAGCCGCCCGUACUACUUCAACCGCUUCACCAACCAGUCGCUCUGGGAGAUGCCGCUCCUGGGACAGCACGACGUCAUUUCUGACCCUCUGGGUCUGAAUGCAGCUCCAGCGCCUGCCGAAGUGGGAGCUGCUGGCAACUCUGCCUCUGCUGCUGCUGCUGCCGCCGCCCCCGAAGGCAAGUUGCGGAAACGGAGGCUGUCUGAGGAGGUUCAGCCCAGUGGCAACAGUGUGAAGAAGCCCAAGGUAGACAUACCUCCAGCUCAGCCCACCCCCAACUCCUCCAGUACUCCUGGGACCCCUGUUUUGAAGAUGUGGGGGGUCUCCCCUGAAGACAAACAACAGGCAGCUCUUUUGCGACCAACCGAGGUGUACUGGGACCUGGAUGUCCAGACGAACGCGGUCAUUAAGCAGAGGGCCCCCUCGGAGGUGCUGUCUCCCCACCCAGAAGUGGAGCUCCUGCGGUCCCAGCUGAUGCUAAAACUGCGCCAGCAUUACCGGGAGCUUUGCCAGCAGCGGGAAGGGAUUGAUCCCCCACGAGAGUCCUUCAACCGCUGGAUGCUGGAGCGGAAGGUGGUGGACAAAGGGUCAGACCCUCUGUUGCCGAGCGACUGUGACCCUGUGGUAUCUCCUUCCAUGUUCAGAGAAAUCAUGAAUGACAUUCCGAUCAGGUUGUCCCGGAUUAAGUUCCGGGAAGAAGCCAAGAAGCUGCUCUUCAAAUAUGCGGAGGCGGCAAAGAGGCUCAUCGACUCCAGGAAUGCCUCUCCAGACAGCAGGAAGGUGGUCAAGUGGAACGUGGAGGACACCUUCACCUGGCUGCGGCGGGACCACUUGGCCUCCAAGGAGGACUACAUGGACCGCCUGGAACAUCUCCGCAAACAGUGUGGCCCCCACGUGUCUGCCGCCGCCAAGGACUCCGUUGAGGGCAUUUGCAGCAAGAUAUACCACAUCUCCCUGGAGUACGUCAAGCGCAUUCGAGAGAAGCACCUGGGCAUCCUCAAGGAGCACGGCAUAUCUGCUGAGACGGAGGCUCCCGAGGUGCAGGAGCGGCUGGUCUACUGCUUCCCGGUGCGGCUGGCUGCCCCUUCCCCGCCACUGCCAAACGUGGAGAUGCACAUGGAGAACAACGUGGUUUGUGUCCGUUAUAAAGGCGAGAUGGUGAAAGUCAGCCGCAACUACUUCAGCAAGUUGUGGCUGCUCUAUCGCUACAGUUGCAUUGACGACCCCAGCUUCGAGCGUUUCUUGCCGAGGGUUUGGUGCCUUCUCCGCAGAUACCAGAUGAUGUUUGGUGUCGGGCUCUACGAAGGGACUGGCCUGCAGGGGGCGCUCCCUGUGCACAUCUUCGAAAGCCUCCACAAGCUCUUUGGGGUCAGCUUCGAGUGUUUCGCCUCCCCUCUGAACUGCUACUUUAAGCAGUACUGCUCCGCCUUCCUGGACACGGACGGGUACUUUGGAUCUCGGGGUCCCUGGCUGGAGUUCUUCCCCGUCAGUGGCUCAUUUGAGGCCAACCCUCCAUUCUGCGAGGAGCUGAUGGACGCCAUGGUGUCUCACUUUGAGAAACUUCUGGAAACCUCCAGCGAGCCCCUCUCCUUCAUCGUCUUCAUCCCAGAGUGGCGGGACCCCCCCACGCCAGCCCUCACGCGCAUGGAGCAGAGCCGGUUCAAGCGGCACCAGCUCAUCCUGCCCGCCUUCGACCACGAGUACCGCAGCGGCUCCCAGCACAUGUGCAAAAAGGAGGAAAUGUACUACAAGGCUGUCCACAACACGGCCGUGCUCUUCCUGCAAAACAACCCCGGCUUUGCCAAGUGGGAGCCCACCGCAGAGCGCCUGCAGGAGCUGGUGGCGGCCUUCAAGCACUCGGGACGGGCCGUGGCUGCCUCGUCUUCGUCCUCCUCCUCCGGGUCCGCUCCGGACAGCGACCGAGAGACCGUUCGGGAGCAGAGCACCAGCCGCGAGACCACGCCCAAUUAGCAGUCGGACUGGAGAGAUGGCGGUUGGCGCAGCGGCCCCUUGCUGCCUGCCCCAUUCUGCAAGCCCUUUGUGGAGAACAUUGGGGAGCGCCCACCGGAGACGGAGCCCGUGCCUGCCGCUCCCUCCCCAGAGGACCUGACAAGAGCCCUGGUGCUGACAGCAGCCUGAGCGAGGGGCCAGGUGGGCGGAGCGAGGCCCAAGGAGUCGGGAGGGGGCCAAGGCCUGGCUCGGCACUGCAACGGGAUCCGGGACCUCUUUGGCCGGGGGGGUGGGGGUGGGGGUGGGGAGAGCAGUCUGCGCUGGGCUCUCCGGUGUCUCCAGCCCAGCGUUGUGCAUAGUGUAAAUACGUGUCAGUGUGACAACUCCGCUCUGUGCAGCCCGUCCUGUUGCCUUUCUCUCGUUUCUUGCCCAGGCGUGUACCAGUUGUGUGUUCUCACUGAUGCCGCUGACUGUGAACCCGCAGAGCGCAGGAGCUCCUUUGUGUGUGUACAGAGGUCUCGGCCGCCAUUUUGUAGUUGUCAUGAUUUCUUCCGGGAGCCCCAGCCCGUCUUGGGGACCCCUGGGAUUUUUUUUAAGGAUUUAAUUUAACAGCACUAACCAUUUUAUUACUUCUAUCAACAGAGCAAAGUAAAGUCUAUUUUUGAUUUCAUUUCCUAGUUCCUAGGAACAUUAAAAACCAGCAUUACGUUG